AUGGCGACUCCGCCAUCUUCAGAGACGCCACCGCCUUCACUGAAGACCGAGAAGGCUCCCACAUUGGGAGUAUAUACUCUCGAGCAGAUAACGACCUUCGCGCAGGAGAGGUUUCCAAUCGAAUUUGAUCUGAUCUCGAAUGCCCAGACCUACAAAUUCCAGCGCAAGGUGUUUCUCGAUGACGAUAGCCAGUGCCAGGAACGUGAGAUGCUGCAAGUAGGCGGUUCGACGUCUGGAGGCGCCUCUCAGACCUGGGCUCAUGCCACUGGUUUCCAUGUGAGUUUCUACUCCGGAAAACCGGAUAAGGUUCUCCUCCGUGUGCCAGACGCCAGGCGAUCACAUAUCAGAUUCGAAAGCCCUUUCGUCUUCGUCGCAGACCGCGUUACUGGUAGCAAGACCAAGGCACAGACUACUCAGAAAGGUGUGAUGAUCAAUGUAUUCAUCAACUUCGUGUUCUUGGCGACGGAGCGCACUCGACACAUCCUCAGUCCACCUGAGCAAGACCUGCUCCCGUUGUUCGAGAAGGGUUGUCGCAAUUUCCAACCGAACAAAGACGCGACUGAGCUCGAAGCGCGUGAGCAUGCAGAGCGUGAACGGACCAAGACUGAGCGUAUCGAUCGUAUCGUUCAUGACAACACGAUGCGUAGCACGCCUCGCAAACGCAACAUCACCGACCCCGUAGAUACCCAAGCCAUGUCCGAGCCUCCUCCUCGAAAGAAGCGCUUCUCUGACUACAUUCAAGGUCAUGUUGAGAGCUACGAAUCGGAAAUGGAAUACGAGCACAAACAGGAGAAGGAAGCCCUCCUGCGAAAUGUUCAAGAGCUACAAGUGAAGCUGGAAGAGCAGGAACGCAGAACCGCGGCCGCCGAACAAGAGGCCCAUGUCGCGAAGAGCAAGGUGAAAAGCUGGAGGAAAAAGCUAGCAGACAAGGAGGUGGAUAUUGAGGAGAUCAGGAAUGACAACGGAGCCCUUCAUCGACGUUGCCAGCAGCAAAAAGCCGAAGUUGAAGCCCUGCGGAAACAAGUCAAGGAGCACGCAAAGUGCCAACUCGAGUUCGCCGAACAGACCCAAAAAGAAAAAGAAACCCAGCUGAAGUGCCAACAACAUCUCACAGGCCAGAUCAGCAAGCAACACACCGAUUACGAAGCCGCGAAAGCUGAGAUCGACAAACAGAAGAGAGAUAUCGAAAUGUACAAGGAAUGCAACGCGAGUCUGGAAUCGAAGCUGUCGGACGCAGAACUUCAGCAACGUGCUGCAGAGCAGGCGAGAGAUAAGUCGCUUGCGUCGCACACACAAGAGGCCAUACUAAAGGAUGAAGCCAUAAAGGAGAUGGAUGCCUGUAAGACCAAGUAUGAUCAAUUGAAGGAAGCAUUGGACGCGAUUACCAGACUGUGAACACACCUCCGGCGAGGAAUUAUGUGGAUGGAAGACUUAGCGAAGGGGUCGCAGAUGGUUGUCGAUGGCCGAUGAGACAGAGCAUGUCAGUUGCACUGAGAAGAUUGUCGAUGGGGCACGAGCCUGACCAAGAGCAUGUGGCAACUUCACGGAUGUUUGGUUACUACGUAUGUGGAUAGUCAGCGAUCGUAAGAAAAUGUGUUUGCCCAGAGUAGUCCAUGAGGGAACCCGGUACUGCGGUCAGCUGCUACGGACAGGGUAAAGACGG